CCUCUCUUGUGACACAGAGGGAGAGCUGAGGGGCAGACAGAGGCGGCGUACACACAAGCGUUACUAUAUUUGACAACACACACACACACACGCACGACUGCACAGGCAGAGGGAGGCGGGCACACUGGAAAAACAAGUGUAGACGCACACAUCCUCGGACGUGUGCAGGAAUCACAAAGCAGGAGCGUGACGCCAGCACCUUGUCGUCCUCUCUCACACACCUCUCAGAUGGAGGACGGCGUCGGACGUCUCAUUCCAGCAAGGAUCGGACUGCAAGACGCGGAUUAAACCAUCUCCAUCCCUGCUUAGAUCCUCUCUUUCUUCCACAAUCCCCCAUUCCCUCCAUCUCCAAGUGCAAGCAGGGGAUUGUCUCUAUACAUGAAGAAGGAUUAUUCUUGGUUUUUCCUGCAGGAUUUUCAACAUAUGGAUUCCCUUUUUUCUACAACUGCUUUGUCUUAAAUUGCAGGGAUAUUUUUUGGGAAGAGAUGUCGCUGUAAGGCUCUGAAAUAUUUAGUCCAGAGGUAUUUGGGCCCAGCAACGUGCACUCGCCACCCUUGUGGAGGCCACAGGCAUGGCCGCUUGACACCUCCCACUACCACCGCCCUCUGUCAGAGGAAGCUGUGCGUCAUGGCCCCCCACAGCCACUUCCCCGGGGGCAUCGGGCCGUCCAGACCUGCCUUCCUCUGCUUGCUGGUGGCGCUCUUCCAGCCAGCCACCCCAUGCCCUGCCCCCUGCGUCUGCUCCUCGGAGGGCCUGGUGGUGGACUGCGGGAGCCGAGGCCUCAUCUCCCCGCCUCCCUUGCACCUUCUGCCUCCCGGGAGUCGCUUCCUCUCGCUGGCCAACAACAAGCUAGCCUCGCUGGGAGCGUCUGCGCUCGCUAACCUCUCCUCUCUGGAGGAGCUGGACCUCUCUAACAACUACCUUGACAAUUUGCCAGUCGGAUUAUUCCGAGACAUGAUCAAUCUGACCAAACUGACCCUGUACAACAACUCCCUGACGGUAAUGGACAAAGAUCUCUUCCAGGUAAUCACUGCACACCCUCUUGUGAGAUGUAAAAGUAGAGAUGACAUACAAAAGAAAUGGCCUCGAUGUGUUCUACAGGGUUUGGGGGGUCUCCAGAGUCUGGAUCUCUCACUAAAUGGUCUGGCGUCUGUUCCUUUGGGGCUCUUGGACGAGUUGCAGAGUCUCAGGUGGCUGUCCCUGGCUGGUAACAGGCUUCGCGGUUUGGAGAGGGCAGCGUUCGAGCCCCUGGCCCACCUCCAACACCUGGAACUGGGACAAAACCCCUGGGAAUGCAACUGCAACCUGCGAGAUUUCAAGCACUGGAUGGAGUGGCUUUUGUACCGAGGCGGCAAGGUGGACGCGGUGGAGUGCACGCUACCCAAAGAUCUGCGGGGGCGAGACAUCCGUGGUGUUCCCGUGGAAAUGUUCGACUACUGCCUCCAGCUUGAAGAUGAGAACGGAGGAGGAGGAGGAGGCGGUAGUUCUCCCUGCAGCAGGAGCAACCUUACCCCCAGUGGUGCACCACCAAUUUCUGGUGCUGAUGACUCCUCUACAAAUUCAGGGGGAGGAGGAGGUGGUGGUGGUGGAGAGGCUCCCGCGGAUUGCGUGCGCGCCCGCUACCGGCCUGUGAGCGUGCGGCGUGCCAUCGGCACGGUGGUGAUCGCCGGCGUGGUGUGCGGCAUCGUGUGCAUCAUGAUGGUGGUGGCCGCCGCAUAUGGGUGCAUCUACGCCUCGCUCAUGGCCAAAUACCAGAGGGAGCUGAAGAAGAGGCAGCCCCUCAUGGGGGAUGGAGAGGCGGACGGGGACGACCGGGAGGAGAAACAGAUCUCCUCGGUAGCGUAGAGGAGACACUAAGGGGGACAAGUUGGCUUAAGGGCUCAAGGAGGAGAAACAGAAAGUCAUCCUUCCAUGUCUUCCUUUGCAAUCUGUGUUCCACCAACCUUCGUUGUCCUCUUUCAAAGCCUGCAUAUAUUUUUUUAGCAGUCAUCUCGCCUACUAACCACCUACUGAUGCAGCUGCUGAACUAGCAUGGAGGAGACCGCAAGAAUCUCAUAUGCAAACUAUCGUCAGAACAUGGAUGACGGCGUUUCCAGGGACUUUGGAGUGCGCAGUUAAUGGGACCAAUGUCCACAUACAUGAAUGUGAUAGUAAGCCCUCGUUUUGAACCUUGUCUAAGCCUCCAAAAUGCCCAUACAGAUGUUAGAAGUCACCUAACUAGUAAUGGAGAUGGUUUCGUAUGAACAUGCCCUAACAAAGUUACAUUGAAGUACAUCACGUUUACACUCGCACAUGUCUGAAAAGGAGUAGGAAGAAUCAGAGCUUAAUUUGAGCUAAUGAGUCAACACAUCUACUGCUUUGCCACAGACAUGAUGUACCGUUAUUUACAUUUCAGCUUCUCUCUAGACCGUCUCAGGACAUACAUUGGCAUAAAAUUGAGGUACAGUGGUGCCUUGGUUAACGUCUAUAAUCCGUUCCAGAAAGUCCAACUCAAACCAAAACGGACUCUAACCCAAGGAAAUGUUCCCAUAGAAAAUAAUGUAAAUCCAAUUAAUCCGUUCCAAACACCCAGAAAUGUAAACACAGAACACAUUUUAUAGACAAUAAUUAUAGUUUUACAUGCAGAAAGUGAUACAAAAAUAGUUACAAAUGACAAAUAAAUGAACAACUUAACAUUUAAAAUUACUUUUACCUACUUUUGUUUAGAAAAAAACCCCACAAAAGCAUCAAUUAACAAAAUAAUACAAUUUGCAAAAGUUUAAAUAUAUAUCAAACUAAAUAUCCACAUUGUAGAACGUACUUUGCCGUUUGAUAUAGAAAAUGAAAAACCAAAAAAACAACCGCUUUCGACAGUAACGUCACAGAAGUGCGCCGGCGAGGAUGCCUUAUGUCUGGUGAUGCGUGUUGGACUGUGGGUGCCGCAAACAUGCUAUGGUAAAUUGGAAUGCUUAUGUUUUGCUGUUGGAAGCAGAAAUGAGUGUUAUGGAUGUAAAAUGACAGGCAGAAACACCGAGUGUCACCCGCCGCCGGCUUGAUAGACUGUUACACGUGACGUUGUGUAUGCAUGUGUGUGUGUGUGUGUGUGUGUGCACGCAGCCGAUGAUUGAGCCACGACGUCACAUUUAUGUACCUCUUCUGAGGUCUCGCACCCGUGUCUCUGUACGGUCCAUUGCCUUUCCCUCUUGUGCGGUCCAUGUGUUUAUUACGUCGUGUAUCUCUCUACAACAAACGUCCUAAAAUGGUGCCAUCACGUGCAAGCAUCGCGACAUUUCGUCUUGUGUGCGUGAUCCAACAUGGCGGCGUAAACAAACCGGACGGUAUUUUGGACGCCUAACAAGCGGGCGAAUGCAAGCCAAGGCAAAAUUUUUAGCAAAAAUUUUGGCUGUUAAGCAAAAAACACGGUAACCGGGGCGGACGUUAACCGAGGUGCCACUGUGUUUGUCAUUUAUCGGUGGAAACGCCUGGUCACACAAACGACGCUUUCAGACUGAGUCAAAAACGUCGUCUUUUUAGACCCACGGGGGCGAAAGUCUCCCGCAAGGCUCAUCUAGUGACUUUCCUGCACUUUAUCUCCCUAAUCCUGUUGUCUCCCUUUUCUUCCCUUUAUUUUCUACAACUUUGUUCGGGUGUGUUCGUGUGUGUUAAAAGAGCUAACAAGGGAUUGAUGCUGCUAUUACCCCCCCUCACCCAUCCCUUUAUAUCUCCAUCCAUCUUUCCAUCUACAGUGUAAAAGAAAAGCCAUCCUCCCUCGAUCCAUAGGCAAUAUGCAAUGUUAGAGGAUUUGAUUGACCUUAAAUAGUGAAAGUUAUUGAUACUUUCAUUGCAUAUUGCACUUUGUUCCCUGUUAUUUUAAUUGGCGGAUAAUAAACCUGUAAUAAUAACAAUAAUAACCAUGUGUUAUAUACAGUAUCUAUAUUAACCUUUACCACAUGUUACCGAUGCACAAUAUUUGUCCUUUGUUGUGUAUGUUUUGUUUAGGGUAUCACUGUACUACUGGCUCAUUAGUCGUGUUCAUUUCAUUGUGCUCAGUGUUUUGAAAGGGUCUGAUUGCCCGAAUAGGUGGAGAAUAUGUGGCGAUUUUGAGUCAUAUUGGACAAAUUUGAUGUGAAACAAUAACAAAAGGUCUAAAGUCUGUCCAUGAAACCUCCUGGUCUGAAGGUCUCGUGCUGUUGCUAGCUAAGUAUCUUAGCUCUUAUAGGCCGUGCGUACAAAAUAAUAAAUUAUAGUUUGCUACUUUCACUGCCCAGGACUGGGUGGUGUUGGUGAUGUGUUGUUGUUAUGACGAUGAUAAAAGAAGCAUUUCCUGGUACAUACAGUAUGCAUAGACUGGAAUAAAAACAUAUCACACCUACCUGUGUCUAUUUGAUGAGACAAACACACAGCGCAGUCAAAUAAGAUGGCGUAAACCCACACAGGGAGCUAAUGUUUCUCCUCUUCUUUCAACACUCUGUCCUUCUCAUCUCCUCUGGCUUUAUCUGUUGUCCAUUUAUCUUCCUGACACAUCUUUCCUCAUCAUUUUGAGUGUUUUCACCUUGCUUUUUGUCUGUGCCCUUUUUUGUCUGAUCUCCUUUUUGUCCUUUUUUUAAUUACAACGGCUAACCGACCUUUGGCUUCCUGUGUCUGUUUCUUUUUCCCCAAACAAGGACAAUAAAUUGUUCAGGGGGCCACAGUUUCAGAAAGCUACCGGUGGUGCCGGACUUCUCACUGCUCUGUUAUUGUUAUUUUGUAUAUAGCAAGGUUCUGACAACAUCUUCACAUUUUUACUUGACUGAAAGGUUUCUAUAGUCAUAAAUUGAAUCACAAGAAACGUGUUUAUGCUGGUCAAAGACCCUCUAAAUCAGGGGUGGGCAAACUCUUUGACAUGCGGGCCACAUUGGGUUAAAAAAUUUGUCGAUAUAUGGGUAGUAUCUUAACUCCUCCUUCUUUACUUCUGAAAAUGCGACAAAAUAUGGCAAAAUGUUGGGAGAAAGAGUACCACAAGCUACCCAGCAUGCCUUGUGGCGGGAAUAUACUGUAUGGGUGUUUUUUUGACAUAGGUAUUGUGCUUAGAUAUCCGUAUGCCCACAUGGUGCAGUAGGAAGGUAACUGUGCUUCAUGUGAGUCGACGUGCUGUGUUGUAUUGUUUGGAUGGCUGACGAGAAAUGCAUGUGUAAUGGAGACAAUUUGAACUUAAACUAAAUUAGCGUGCUUUUACAUGUAUAAAAAUGGGUUACACCUUAAUGACCAUGGGAAAAUGUGCUUCUCAGGAUGAGACCAGUUGAGAAGCCCUGCUCUAAAUGACAGUAACGUUCUUCUGUUGUCAAGGAGAUACUGA